AUGUUGUUCAAGCCACUUGCGCUUGCGGCCGUUGCCACCGCGUUCGCCAUCGUCCCAGAAAUGUCCACGAACGACGAAAACAUUUUCAAGGCGCUACCUAUCGGGAAGCAUGGCGGCAAAGCAUCUUACGGUAUUCCGGAUUCGGCCUUUGAUCAAAGCAUUUCCGUUCCUUGUGGCGACUGCAGAGGUAGAAACACACGAUUGCGACUCCAUUUCACUAUCGAAGACGAGAUGAAAUUAUUGCUGAAUGGAUUCGAGUUAUAUCCGGAUGCUGAUCCAUGGAGCGGCGAUUUACAAGCAUUCUCCGUUGACGGCCACAGGAAGUCAAAGAGCCAGAAGCUGGGCUACAGCCUCGCUGUGUACCCAAAAGCCGUCGCAAAGGAGGACAACAUAGAGCUGAUCGAGGUUGAUCUGAAGAUCAUUGAAGUCGGCACGCGAUUUGUGAGUCGCAUUCCCACUCUUAGGGUCGAGCUCAUCAAAGCCCCUGGUGGGAGUCUUGCCAUGUUCACUGUGCGACUCGAUCAGCCGCUUGAAACACCAUGCACCACACUCUGGUGUCGCGCAAAGGAACUAGUAGGGAAGUUGUGGGCGCAGGCUCAGGGAAUGAAGGGUUGUAGCAAGGCGGGCACUCCGGAGCUGGACUCCGAUGGCGAGGGCAUGAUCUCACCUGAUAUCGACCUUUCUCAGAAGGAAUAUACAUCUGAGAUUGCCGAGCCAACCAUGCCCUCUCAGGAGGAAUGGCGUCAUCUAAUGAAGAGCGUCGCCGGUCAUAUCAUCAUGCCUAUAUUCAUGGGAGUCACAGCUGGCGUCGCUGUCGCAUUCCUCGCACUAUGCAUUCAAAGUAUGGCCAGGCACCUCAGCAGCUUUGUUCGUGGGAAGCGAAACAGCGAGCAAGAGAGCGAAUUCUACAAAGCGGUGCAUGAUGAACAGGCCACCACGGCGGAGAAGGCACAGCUCAUGGCCUAA